GCCGACAGACGAACCGAAACACCUCCGCAUUACUGCAAGAAAUCCAGAUGGUCUCGAGAGAGGUCUGCAGAAAGCCUGCGCCACGGUUGCCGAAGUGUUGCAAAACGGCAUCCCCACUUGUGAGCAUUGCGGAGGCGAUCACAAAGGCAGGGAUUGCCCCAAGAGGCAGCUGCCUUACACGCACAACUGCUACCUGGACCCGGACACGAAAGUUGGCUUCAUCAUAGGUAGCCAAGGUCGGAACACUCGGCCCAUCAUAGACGCGACCGGUUCUGGGCAGUACAAUGCAACGGAGCGCCUCCACAUGCACAUCGAGGCCGCAUCGCCCGAUAUGUUAAGCCAGGCUGUCGCGAUGGUGGAGGACUUGAUUCGAGUUGCAUCCUGGACGCCUUAUGAAGACGACCCUCCGCCAGGGCAUGUUUUUGCAUACCAGCACAAGAUAUGGUUGGACAUGGAAGCUGACCGGCAAAGUUGCGACAGCCUCAAUGCGCAUCUGCUUGGUAAGAGUGGCCAAAACUUUCGCCAAAUUCACGAGAAGACUGGGGCCUGGCUAUGGCUUCGAGGUCAUGGUGCAGGUCACAUGUCCUGUCUAGAUGCUGCCAAGAAAAAAGGAUUGCAUGUCCUCAUCGAACACGAUGACCACAAGAGGGGAGAGGAAGCUUACCAAAUGGCCACGGUUCUCUUGGAUGCCGUUUUGGCCAGACUUGGCUCUACCUACUGUCGCAUCUGUGGAGGGCCUCACUUCUCUUACCGAUGCACAAAAGCAAACAGCAGUGGGUAUCUUAAUGGGAUGGCAGCAAAAGGGUCUGGAAAGGCUUCCCUUCCGCUCCUGCCGAUCAAACGCAGCAUCCGGGAGGUCUGA